GAGAAGACGCUCUUCUGAGGUCACCGAGCACCGGGGGCGACACUCAUCCGCCGCUAUAUAAUCUUCCCGGUGCGGUGGAUGAGACCAGCUCACUGAACCAGACUCAGCAGAGACACAGCAAAUACACACUCAUCCAAAGCAAACAUGGUGAAGAUCACUUUUCAGCAAGUGUCGGCGCAGAAGCCCGAAAAAGACAAGGAUGCGGACAAGAUCAUUAUACCUCAGGCUCACGAUCAGCUGGUUCAUCCUGUCAGGCCCAAGAAGCCUUUUCCAGUGGGCCUGUGCUGCCUCACCUUCGGCCUGGUGGUUUUCAUGUCAGGACUGGUGCUGGCCUCUAUCUACGUCUAUCGCUACUACUUUAUACCUCAGCAGAUCCCAGAGGACAGCUUGUUCCAUUGCCGGGUCAUCUACGAGGACUCGGUGUACGCUCCUCUGAGGGGGCGGCAAGAGCUGGAGGAGAACGUUGGCAUCUACCUCGAUGACAACUACGAACAGAUCAGCGUGCCCGUGCCUCAUUUUGGAGGCAGCGACCCUGCUGAUAUCAUCCACGACUUUCAGAGGGGCCUCACAGCGUACCACGACAUUUCCUUGGACAAAUGCUACAUCACCGAGCUCAACACAACCCUGGUGAUGCCUCCACGGAAUCUGUGGGAGCUGCUCGUCAAUGUCAAGAGAGGGACGUACCUUCCUCAGACUUACAUCAUCCAGGAGGAGAUGGUGGUGACGGGGAGGGUGAGGAACAUGAGGCAGCUGGGCCCCUUCAUCCACCGGCUCUGUUACGGCAAAGAAACCUACCGCCUCAGACGCCGCAACCAGCGCCAACGUAUCGAGAGGCGUGAGACGAAGAAGUGCCACAGCAUCCGUCACUUUGAGAACACAUUUGUGGUCGAGACUGUCAUCUGCGACAGGUUCUAAAAUCUGAGGCGGAAAUCACAGCCAUCCAACACUGAAGCCAAUUUCAAACCAUACCUCUUGAAUUCCUUAGGCGUUAAACUGCACUUUAAGAGCAAGUACUUGUCCAGCAGAUUUAGUUUCUGUUUGUUUUUUCGUCCGAAACUUGCGAACGCUCUUUGAUUGUUCUCGUCCUUUUUUAUUCAAACUGUCUGUGUAUUUAGACGUUCUAGAUGUGUUGGGAUAUACCUGUAGCUUGUCACGUCGUGCAGAACAUUUGUGUCAGUUCGUCACAUUGACAUCUGAUGACUUGAUUUAGAAUUGUAUUUAUUUGUUUAUUUAUUUAUUUAUUAGUAAGUCAGUGCUCUGUGGUUGAUUUUAAGGAUACCUGGAAGCUGCUUGUGCCGUGCACACAUGUUUGUCUCUUGUUUUUUUUUGAUUUUAGUUUGAAUGUCACAAAAUGGCAAAACAUACCUCAUGUAGUUAAGACGUUUCUUUGCUGGUUUGUAUCAUUAAUGAAUGGUGUAAAUAUCUUUGAUUGUUCCUAAGCAAUAUAUAAUGUAAAUUCUUCUUAAUUUCAUAUUGUUACAUGCAUAGAUUUUUAUCUAAAAUCGACUUGUUUUGUGAUCAGUCAUUUCUUUACGGCUUGUUUCCUUUGGUAUCACACUUUACUACUCCUUGGAUUUAAACGGCUUUAGACUGUAACCAGUAGCAGUGCUUCAGAGGGACAGAAGGAACCAAAGUCUGCCGUCAGUGAUGCUAUGUGAAGAGUUAUGGGUUUAUAAAACAUUCAGAACGAAUGCCAGAUCACUGUAGAUGAUAUCAAAGGCGCCAACUCAUUUUGUCCUGCUCUUCCUCCUCUUCAUUCGGAUUUGCCUGUUGUCUUUAGCUCUUGUCAUUAUGAUCUAUACAAUGUUAAUUCAUUACAACUUAAGAGAAAAAGAAGAAGAAGAAGAAGAAGAGAUAAAUUUGCUGGGUUGUCUUUCUACUGGAGCAAACCGAGAGAGAUCUCAGACGUGCUCAUAUUUCAUUGUCCCGGAUACUUCGCUGUACAGUCGAUUUUUCUUGCUGCUUUAAGAAUAAAGGAUCAAACUUU